CGAAUUAAGAAUUCCAUAUUAUUUCUUGCCAACAUUUUGCCAAAGCAUCUUCGUCAAGAUUUUCGAUUUAAUCGUUGCCGUUUCAUGGGACUCGUGCUGCUUCGUGAUUCGCGUGCCAUCUCUAAAAAUAUUGCAGUGGAUUGGAUAUUUAAUAAAUUUAAUAUAUUGUUAUAUUCUGCACGUCCGACGUUCCUUGGCCCAAUAAACUCAUGGAUAACAAUACAGCCGUAUCUGCUCUAGAUGAGUUUUGUGCAAAGACAAACAAUACUCCACCAACAUACCAUUUUAUUAACGGCGAAGACGGAGGUUUCGUUUGUAAAGUACAACUAUUGGAGAUAGAGGCCCUUGGAAAUGGGCGUUCGAAGCCCGAAGCCAAGCACCUGGCUGCCGCCAAUAUCAUGCGUAAAAUCCGAAUGCUGCCCGGCAUGCAGAGCAUGACGCAGGAUUUGUCGUUGGGUGAUCUGGGUGAGGAAAUGACCAACCUAAACCGGGACAUGGAGAGGGAGCUGCGAGACUACUGCGACCGCCACAAGAUGCCACUGUUCAUCAUUGAGGUUGAGCAGCGAGGCGGCACCCCGAGCGCCCCGGAAUUCGUGGCCUCUUGCUCCAUUGUUCGCUACGGAAAUUCGGACAAAAAGAAGGAUCCCCGUCAGCGAGCGGCCACUGAAGUGCUGGCCGUAGUCUCCAGCAAUUCGGACAAUUUGCGUCCGGAUCAAUUUCAAGUAUCGAGCACAAAGAAAUUGAAAGAUGCUGAUAUAGAAGAAACUAUGGAGGAAUUUUAGGCAUCGCGCAGAAAGAAAUUCAACAGCUACUGGGAUUUGUAGGGAAGGAGACCAAUAUAUACGACGACAUAAUAGACUAUUUUCGCACCAUGUUGGUUUAAUGCGUAUAACAUUUAUUCAACUAUUCUGGCUUAAAACUGCUAAACUCGGUUUAUUUACACUCUGGAAUGCACAUAUUUCAUUUAAUUUUACGGUUAAUAAAAUCUCCACCAAUUCGUAG